GGUUAAUGGUUUCUUUGUAGAAACUAUUACAAUGCACCUUCAUUUUUAUUCUCUUCUUCCUUUUAAGGAUCCUCCCUGCCCUUCUCUCUUAUAUAUAGAUUACGUUUUCUUCUUCAUAAUAUUUUUGUUUUGUUUCAAUGAAAGAAAUUAGUAAUGCGCACAUUUGCAUGAAUAAAUUGUUGGAAUGAAAUGGUAUAUUUUGAUGGGCAUUCACCAUUUUCUUUAUAGUUUAGUAUUAUUUGUUCAUGUUCUUGAAAAUGUCAAUUAAUCUUGAAUAGUCUCAUUAUUUUGGAAGCGCGGCAGCAUGAUGGGUGUGUUCUAAUAAAGACCGUGCUAAAGACACCUUGUGAAAAUGGCAUCUUCAUCGCCUAAAGAAUCUCCACAUUCAAAUUCGUCGUCACCACCACCACCAUCAGCCUCGUCAUCUUCAUCACCAUCUCCAUCCGCACCACCUCCAUCAAAACACAGCCCACCACCUCCACCCUCUAACAAUAGUUCCCUGCCUCCUGCUAACAACGAUAACAACAACAAUAAUAAUAACAAAAAAACUCCACCCCCGUCAAACUCUAGCUCAUUAGGUGACGAAGAUGGAGAUCCAUCAUCUCCACAUCCACCACCAACAUCGCCUCUAGCACCACAGCACGAAACUCCAAGACUUCCUCCUUCAAGACACAAGUCAUCUCAAUCAUCAAAUUCGCCAUCAAAUGACGACUCGCCCAUUAAUGAGAAAGCCAUCAUAGGCGGAGUAGUUGGAGGAGCGGCAUUAUUGCUUAUCUUUAUGAUUGUCUUCUUGGUGUUUUGUUGUAGGAGGAAGAAAAGAAAGCCCCAUGAUCACAUUCACUACUACAGAGAUGAAUCUCAUGGAAAUAGAAAUAAUGACUACUACAACAGCGGACCUGGUUUCUCGGGUCCACACCAAGCUGCCUUGCCUCCACCGCCACCGCCCCAACCUUCCAUUCCCCUUGGCUUCAAUCAAAGCAGCUUUACAUACAAUGACUUAGUGGCCGCAACUGACAAUUUUGCGCAAUCUAAUAUGUUGGGACAGGGUGGCUUUGGUUAUGUGCAUAAAGGGGUGUUGCCAAAUGGUAAAGAAGUUGCAGUAAAGAGCUUGAAAUCCAAUAGUGGGCAAGGAGAAAGGGAGUUUCAAGCUGAGGUAGAUAUCAUUAGCCGUGUCCAUCAUCGGCACCUUGUGUCUCUUGUUGGUUAUUGCAUUGCGGGAUCUCAAAGAAUGUUGGUUUACGAAUUUGUUGAUAAUGGUACUCUUGAAUUUCACCUUCAUGGAGCUAAUCGCCCAGUUAUGGACUGGCCUACAAGGCUUAAAAUUGCAUUGGGAUCGGCCAAAGGACUUGCUUACCUUCAUGAAGAUUGUCAUCCUCGAAUUAUCCACAGAGACAUCAAAGCUGCAAACAUUUUGCUCGAUAGUCAUGGUGAAGCCCAGGUGGCUGACUUUGGAUUGGCCAAACUUUCUAAUGACAACAACACGCACGUUUCAACUCGGAUAAUGGGAACUUUUGGGUACCUGGCGCCUGAAUAUGCCUCAAGUGGGAAGCUCACGGAAAAAUCUGACGUUUACUCCUACGGGAUUAUGUUAUUAGAACUCAUAACUGGACGACGCCCCGUGGAUAUCCAUAGAGAUGAUGAUGAUGACAACUUAGUUGAUUGGGCAAGACCUAUUCUAAUGCAAGUAACAGAGGGAGGAAGCUGCGAAGGGUUGGUGGAUCCACGCUUGGAGAACAACUAUGAUCCUCAGGAGAUGUUGCGGAUGGUGGCAUGUGCAACUGCAUGUAUUAGGCAUUCUGCAAGAGGACGCCCCAAAAUGAGUCAGAUUGUACGCGCUUUGGAAGGUGACGUGUCUUUAGAGGACCUAAAUGAAGGGGUAAAGGCGAGGCAUGGAGGACUGGAUGGCUCGAGUGGUAGCUCUGUGUACGAAAGCGAUUCAAUUUCGGAUUUGAAAAAAUAUAGAAAGACAGGUUUGUCUAGCCAAGAAUUCAAUAGCGGUGAGCAGGGUUGACAUGCGAGUAUGCUCUUUCCAACGAAAGAAAUUAACAAGAAUUUCACUCCAACAAGGAUAGCCACAUACACAGCCUUGAACAAGCUUAAGCUUCACUUGUACAUUAUCAGCAAUGAAUUGAUUUAGUAACUUAGAGUAUCUUUAAGAGACUGUCUACUUUUAAAUAAUAAUCCUGCAAUUUAGUCAAUAGCUAUAAAUUUAGAGCAUCAAAUUUUUUAAAUAAUCCAAUAAUCUCUUUAUUUUU